GUUCCGGAAAUUUCGCUUUUACUUAAAUUUCUUAUUUUUUUUAAUCUAAGAAAAUCGCCCCUUUUUAAUUCUCAUAAAAAUCAUUUUAUAUUCCUUCCGAAAUUUUAUAAAAAAGCACUUAGUUUCUAACAAAAGUCUCAAAACAAUGUAAAAAUAUACUUCUUUCUUAUAAAAAACCGAACAUUUUUUCCCUAUUUUUUUAUUACCAAUCAUAUCUAAUAUCACCCAAAAUUGCAGCUUUACAAACUUCGCUAAAAUGCACUCUUAUUUGGUGUUUUCGACCUUCAAAUAUCUUUAUUUUUACCAAACAAAACUCACAAUUUUUAUUUUUUUGGAAGUCUUUAUCAUCUUUUACUAUAUAAGGGUCUAUUUUACCAUCUUUGAUAUUAAAUGCAGCCAAUACUUGAUAUUAAGUCCUUGCACUCUUAAAUUAAUUAUCUAUUUCGUUUAAAAAAGAGGUUAUUAUAGCCCUUUAUUUCUAAUUGGAAUAUUAUAUAGGCUAGUUUAUUAUUCCAGAAAAAGAAGGAGGUGAUUUAUUUAAUACGGCUAUAUAAUAUUUACUUAAUGAGUCUUUUUAAUUGAACAAAGUACCAAAAAUUUAAGUAAUUUCCUUCUUUUUAGGAAUAAAAAGUACUCCAGAUGUUACCUUAUCUAGUCUAUGUACUACAGUAUAUUUCUAAUUAAAUUAAGACAAAUAAGUAGUGCCUAAAGUGACUAAAUUCUAUUUAACAUUUUAACCACCUUAGGUACUAAUACCAUUUUCUUUAUUUAAAAUAAUAAUAUUUUUAUCCUCAUAUAUUAUCAUUUAUUUAAAUAAUUUAACUUCUUGUUAGAUUUCUUAAUCAGAUUUAUCUUUUAAUAAAAUGUUUUGUUGUUAUUUUUAGGAUAUUUAUAUAGGAAAUUUUAUUAUAUCCCCUUAUUUUAAUAUAUAAUUAGCCUCUCGUAAAAUUUUUCCCUAUGUUUUUACGGUAAUUUGCUUUUUUCGA